CUGUACAUGAAAAUCGACUACGUGCGACUGUACCAAGACACGAGCGAGAGCUCUACCAUGGCGCACGAGUGCGACCCUGCUUCACAUCCGACCAGGCAAUGGAUUCUCGACCACCGCUCCGACUACGUGGAUGGAGACAACAAACUCGUCGAGAUUCAUGGCGGCGCCCCCUGCAGGGACUACACGGACUGCACCAUU